GACGCUCCAUCGCGGGCGACGAUCCAGCAGCAAACGGGUUGAUUGGGCUUCAACCCCAUGCCGCUUUCUCUCUUCAUAACACACGGUCGAAAUGAGCGAGGCAACAAACACCGCUCCUCACCUGCUCUCGCUCAAAGUGAUGCGGCUUUCGCGCCCAUCCUUUGUGCAAGUCAACCCAAUACCUUUUGAACAAGCUCCCACUCUGCCAGCGAACGCGGCGCUUACACAGGCCGCGGAAAAUGACAUUACUAGUCUCUCAGAACCCGUGCAACCUCCAAUCGCCGAUCUUCUCAAUCUCAACUCCCCAGUCCUCCCACCUUCCAGCCUCAACAUUCGCGACUUUGGUCUCAGCGACCUACUCACGGUUCCUUCCUCAUUUGGGAACAUUUAUUUAGGCGAAACAUUUUCUAGUUAUCUAUGCGUCAACAACGAGAGCGGUUCUGCCGUUCAGGAUGUCGGAAUCAAAGCCGAACUUCAAACCGCCUCACAACGAUUUACGCUAGCAGAUACGCUUGGUGGAGCCACCCCGCGAGCGAGCGUCACCUCGGUUGCAUCGUCCAACUCUGCCGAUACAUCUUUCUCUUCAUCCAUUGCCACUCGAGUCCCUCUGCUGCCCACUCAGUCCGCAGAGUUCAUUAUACAUCACGAAAUUAAGGAGCUCGGAGUUCACAUUCUUGUGUGCUCCGUUCACUAUUCCACGAGCAGCGGAGAGAGAAGAUUUUUCCGCAAGUUUUAUAAAUUUCAAGUUUUAAACCCUUUGGCAGUGAAAACGAAGGUCAACAGCUUGCAGGACGGACGAGUAUUUCUGGAGGCGCAGGUGCAGAAUGUUGCUAAUGAAACGAUGUAUUUGGAAAAGAUGCGCUUCGAAGCAAACGAACUCUUUCAAUUCCACGACCUCAACACAAUCAUUACGGUCAAUGACAGCGCAGCAGUGGAUGGUCCUCGCGGCAUCAAAGCUGGACCCGUUGUGGGUGCUACCGAAGAUGGCGCUGUGUAUCUCAGCCCACAAGACACACGACAGUAUUUAUAUAUGCUUCAGCCAAAGAAGCCACAGGACUCGGUGGCCAGAACGACACCGACAUUAGGCAAAUUGGAUAUCAUGUGGCGAACUCAUCUGGGACAAACAGGAAGACUACAGACGGCCCAGCUAAGCCGGAAGGUGCCGCCUAUCGAACCAUACGACAUUGCGGUCAUCGCUACCCCAGACAGGAUUCAUGCAGAGCGGCCGUUCUCGGUCACCUGCAGACUUCGCAAUAAUUUGGUUUCUGAAACCCUUCGAUUGAGUAUCCAUGGCGUAAAGAGCAAAAUGAGCAGUGUUUUGCUAAUGGGUCCAAGUGAACGUUCCUUUGGCAAUAUCGGUCCUUUAGAACAUGUUGAUUUCGAGCUGAACUUCUUUCCACUCUUGGCUGGACUGCAUAAAAUAUCAGGGUUUCGAUUGAACGAAAUGGUCUCUGGAACAAGCAGGGAUGUGGAUAAUUUGGUAGAUGUAUAUGUAUGGCAGACGGCAUGAUCAUAAUCAACGACCGCCAUAAUCCGUUGUAGAGUAUUGGCGCUUUGUACAAAUCUAAUAGCUACCAUUACAUGUAUAUACAUAUUUACAUGCCCUCGUGCUUGUUUCAAGGGUAA